CGUGUGGAGAGUCUCGUGCUCCGCGUAACUCCUUUCGGUGAGACUUGAGAGCCAGCACUUCCACAUCUCCCUCUCUGUCUCUCUCGUCUCUCUCUAACUCUCUAACUCUCUAAUCCCAUUCCUCUCUUUCUCUCUCUACAAAUAUCAGAGCUAUAGCAUAACGGCCUCUGAUCCGCCCUUAGGGCCAUUGACCUGGCUGCGAUAGGAAUAGAAUCUCGGUAGUCAAAGCUUGGGCCGUGUAAAAAGUCAAGUCUUUCUUCAUUUUUCGUCUUAUAUUCUCUCUCCCAUGCACCUUCUUCUCUCUUCAUUUAGAGAGAAACAACGAGGAUGAAGAACCAAAGGGCUCAAGAGAUUUCAAACGCAGAGUUUAUGGAAAUCGAGCUGGGUUAGAGUGGGAGGAAUUCCUUGCCAUCAACCGCUGAGCCACACACUCACCCUUAGAGGUGUAAUUCCGAGGAUAAGAUUUUUCUAAUGUUGCACACAAUCCAAGAGGAUAUUUAAGAGGAAGAUUACCUUUAAGUUGUAGAGAACAGCUAAUACAUCAUCUCACUUUAGUUGAUAAAAAUAUAUUGAGGCAAUUACUAGAAGGCUCUGCUCAUUAAUUUCAGUCGCCAAAGAUCAUGGAGAACAAAAUUCCAGUGGUUCGUUUUGUUAGAUGCCCCAAAUGUCUUAAAAUUCUGACAGAGUUUUCAGAGAUUCCGGUUUACAAGUGUGGUGGAUGUGGUGCCAUACUUCGAGCUAAAGUGCGUUCAAACAGUGGACAAAAUUUGAGCUCUGUGCUUGCCAUUCCUGCAUCCCAGAACUUACCUCACAAUGAUCCUUUAAGCAAUGGAUCUAAAAUUCCUGAUUCAGAUGUGGCUACAGUGGUAGAGCAAGCAGAGAUUAAGAAUCUCAAUGUUUCUGACUCAACUGGUGGCAAUAUUUGUGAAGAGAAAUCCUUGGGACAUGAACAAAAUGAAAUUAAAAAUUUAAUUGAAUCGGACUUGGAUGGCGAUGUUAAUGAAGCCAAGACGGAGCCUUUGGGACUCGAAGGAACUAGCAUUAGAAAGAGAUUGGAAGAUGGAAAUGAAGAGCUGGAGAAAUCUCCCAUUGUUAAUUCAGAAGUCUAUGAUAGUAAAAAUUCAAGUGAUAAAUUGGAAGAAUCUUCAGAACCUAUGGGACAUUGCUCUACAUCAGACGAGGAUAUGAUGAACAUGGAAUUUGGAGAUGACACUCAUUUCAGAACGACCACUAGAAGCUCAUCUCAAGCUUAUGAAGGAAGUGUCUCUUCCACUGAUGGAGAUAGGAAAAAUCAUAUUUUUCGGCUAUCAAGAAGAACAUUUCGAAACAAAAAUAUGUCAAAUUCUACCAAUAUUACAGAUGCAGAAGAGAACUCCGUAAGGAGAUUUUCUGAUGAUAGAUUACGAUCAGCCACCAAUGGCAAACUGAGCUCAAUUCUUUAUGGUCAAAACAUAGAUCAAGACCCAUUUUUUACCUCUCAAGCUGUUCGACAGAAGGGGAUCGAAUCAGAGAAUCACAGUUCUUCAAGUUCUCUUGCAAAGGAUGUUAAAACUAAGAUUUUAAGUAGAGUUGAUGAACUGAGAAAUGAGCUUACAGGAUUCUUGAAUGAAACAGAUAAUAGCAAAGACUCAUCUCUCUUCGGUGUAAAGAUAUCCCAAUUCCAAGGAAAAGUUCCAUCAAAAGAGUAUCGGUCCUCACUAAUUCCUUUGUUCAGAAAGCCCAGCUCUUCCUAUAUCCAUAACCAUUCUGGAGAGACAUGUUGCCAUAAUGAACAUUGCAGGCCCUGUCCUCAUAAUGUCUGUUGCCACUUAUCUGAACCUAGAAUUCUACCUCCUCACAUGCAAAACAGAACUAUCAACCAAGAACCACAAAAUCUGCAAUUCAAGGUUCCAAGGCCGCAAAAUAUCGUUCGUCUUUGCCGCCCUGUAUCAGGUGGUGCUCCUUUCGUCAUGUGCUACAAAUGCUUCAAAUUGCUUCAGCUACCUACUGAUUUUCUUGUGUCGCCGAAGAGGGUUAAUAAGCUUCGCUGUGGUGCUUGUUCCCAACUACUCAUGUACUUCUUUAGACCCAGAUCUUCUUCCAUGCCGCCGACUCCCGUUGAGAACCAGCAUCCACCGAGCGAGGAGAAUGAUGAGGUCAGUGUGGUUGCAGUUGAUGAGAACUUCAGAGAUAUUACUGCCUGGGAUCCAGUUUCUACUUCAGAGAGCACUUCUAGUGAGGUUGAGCCAGCCUUGCAUAAAUCAAGGAGUUUUGAUGAGAGAGUAGAAGAAGAACAAGGUGAAGAUGGAUGUUUGAAAGGCUUAAGGCUACAUAACCUCAUGGGUUAUUCUUCAGCUAGUGAGAUAUUGUUUCAUAAUGGCUAUUCUCAUGAUGGAUAUCAAAGCACUGAAACGCUGAAAAUUUAGUAGGCCUGAUGGAUGGGAAAAGAGGGGAGAUGGGCACUGAAAGUAAGAAGAAGAUGAUUCAUCUCAUAGAUAAGUAAUUUAAAAUUCAGGUUGCAAGUUACAGCUUCAUGUAUGAUUGAAAAUUGAGAAAUUUUUGGCAGUUUAGUUCAUAUCUGGCGAUUAAAAUAGUGCUAGAGUUAACUGAAUAGGUGCGAAAAAAUUGCUUUCAUUUAUUUUUAUGAUUAAAAAGAUGUAUUCUUUUGGAUUUGUAAAUAGGAAUUUAUGUAUUGGCUGUGCUUGUUUUUCUUCAAUAUGUGAGUUUUUGUA